AUGAACCAUUUGGUUGGACCGUCUGAGGGGGAGGUGAGUGAAGAGCCAGCAAAUGGAGCAGUGAACGAAUCAGUGGAGGCUGACCUGGAACACUCAGAGGUAGAAGAGGAACAGCGGUAUGCAACUCGCUACCCAAGACAUACAAACAGCAGCCAAGGAGGCCUGUCUGGGCAGGAGGAGGAAGGGAUGUUAGCUCGGUCAGCCAGCACUGAGAGUGGUUUCCACAAUCACACAGAUACUGCAGAAGGGGAUGUGAUAGCCACAGUGGAGGACAGUUACGACACAGAAAGAGUUCAGGAAAAUGAGGAUGAGAGCGCAUAUGCUGUGCAGUACAGGCCUGAGUCUGAAGAGUACACAGAGAAUGCUGAGGCUGAGCAUGGUGAGGCCAUUCAUAAUCAAACAUUGCCUAAUCACUUACAUUUCCAUUCCAUCGAACAUGAGGAAGCCAUGAAUGCAGCCUACUCGGGUUAUGUCUACACACAUCGGCUCUUCCACCGAGGAGAAGAUGAACAGUAUGCUGAGCCUUAUGCUGACUAUGGGCUGCAGGAGCAUGUGUACGAGGAGAUAGGAGAUACACCAGACCUUGAUGCUAGAGAGGGUAUCCAACAGUAUGAGCGGGAAAGGGAAGAAGCUGAUAAUUACCGCAAGGAGGCACUUGGUGCUCGCCUUCACCAUUAUGAUGAACGGUCUGAUGGAGAGUCUGACAGCCCUGAGAAGGAGGCAGAGUUUGCACCCUACCCAAGAAUGGAUAGUUAUGAGCAAGAGGAGGACAUUGAUCAGAUUGUAGCAGAGGUGAAGCAGAGCAUGAGCUCCCAGAGCUUAGACAAGGCAACUGAAGACAUGCCAGAGGCAGAGCAGAGUUUGGAGCAUGGUCAUGCUCUUGCUGGUGGUGGGCAGGAAAGUAAUGGCCAGCUCCCGGCUGGUUCUCGAGUUACAUCCAGCUCAGGAGAAUCUGUACAGAGGUACAGUAAGGAAAAGAGAGAUGCAAUUUCACUGGCCAUCAAGGAUAUUAAAGAGGCUAUUGAGGAAGUGAAGACAAGGACCAUCCGUUCUCCUUAUACCCCUGAUGAACCUAAGGAGCCGAUAUGGGUGAUGAGGCAGGACAUCAGUCCAACCAGGGACUCUGACGACCAGAGGCCACUAGAUGGCGAUUCUCCAUCUCCAGAUUCCUCUUCACCUCGGGGUGCUGAAUCAAGUAGGCAACAUCAGCAGGAGGCCUCCACUAAUAAAGAGUCCAGAAAAAGUUUGGCUUCAUUUCCAACCUAUGUUGAAGUUCCUGGACCUUGUGAUCCUGAAGACUUAAUCGAUGGAAUUAUUUUUGCUGCCAAUUACCUUGGCUCAACUCAACUGCUUUCUGAUAAAACUCCCUCCAAGAAUGUGAGAAUGAUGCAAGCUCAGGAAGCUGUCAGCAGGAUCAAGAUGGCCCAGAAAUUAGCCAAAAGCAGGAAGAAGGCCCCAGAAGGUGAAUCUCAACCCAUGACUGAAGUGGACCUCUUCAUUUCUACACAGAGAAUAAAAGUACUGAAUGCAGACACACAGGAAACCAUGAUGGAUCAUCCCCUGCGGACCAUUUCUUACAUUGCAGAUAUAGGAAAUAUAGUUGUUUUGAUGGCUCGUAGGCGAAUGCCACGGUCUAACUCCCAAGAUAAUGUGGAAGCAUCUCACCCUUCCCAAGAUGGAAAGAGGCAGUACAAAAUGAUUUGCCAUGUCUUUGAGUCUGAGGAUGCACAGCUGAUUGCACAGUCCAUAGGUCAAGCAUUCAGUGUGGCCUACCAGGAAUUUCUGAGGGCAAACGGAAUCAACCCAGAAGACCUCAGCCAGAAGGAAUAUAGUGACUUGCUCAAUACCCAGGACAUGUACAAUGAUGACCUGAUACACUUCUCCAAAUCUGAAAACUGCAAAGAUGUUUACAUUGAAAAGCAAAAAGGAGAAAUCCUAGGUGUGGUAAUUGUGGAGUCUGGCUGGGGAUCCAUUUUGCCUACAGUUAUCAUAGCCAACAUGAUGCAUGGAGGACCAGCAGAGAAGUCUGGGAAGCUGAACAUAGGGGACCAGAUCAUGUCAAUCAAUGGGACCAGUUUGGUUGGUUUACCACUCUCAACCUGUCAAAGCAUUAUAAAGGGUUUGAAAAACCAGGCCUGGGUUAAACUGAACAUAGUUAGGUGUCCUCCAGUAACCACAGUCUUGAUCAGAAGACCAGACCUCAGAUACCAGUUGGGCUUCAGUGUGCAGAAUGGGAUUAUCUGUAGCCUUAUGAGAGGGGGUAUAGCAGAGCGAGGAGGUGUGCGUGUUGGCCAUCGGAUCAUUGAAAUCAAUGGACAGAGUGUUGUAGCAACACCGCAUGAGAAAAUCGUUCAUAUUCUCUCAAAUGCUGUUGGUGAGAUUCAUAUGAAGACUAUGCCAGCUGCCAUGUACAGACUGUUGACUGCGCAGGAGCAACCAGUUUACAUCUAA